AUGCCUCUCUUCAAUCUUUUCAAAGGAAAGCCGACUGUUGAGAAGACCACGACAUCGUUCCUUCAAGAACGAGACCAUGCCGGCCUUCUAGUUACCGCCGAACUAGAAAGGGCACUAGCCGAUUGCAAGGCAAAGGUUGAACAUAUUGUCAAGGAAUGCAAGGCGAAGAAUCGAAAGUUCAGAGAUCACGAAUUUGAUCUACAGAAUGACAGAUUCCGGUGCCUUCAUGGACUUGCAAGCGAGGAAAGAUACAACCCCUCUGAUGUACUCCGCGUAACGCAGAUCUUCGACAAUCCUCAGUUCUUCGUAGAUGGCGCAUCUUCGAAUGAUAUAGUUCAGGGAAAAAUUGGUGAUUGCUGGUUUGUUUCCGCAUUGGCGACGACGUGCCCGUCCCCGGGAUUAGUAGAAAAAUUCUGUGUUGCGAGAGACGAAAAGGUUGGGGUGUACGGAUUCAUCUUCUUUCGCGAUAAUAGAUGGGUCGAUGUGGUCAUCGACGACCUGCUCUAUACAUCCAUUCCAAAAUUCGAAGAGCUGAGCUGUCAAGAAAAGCAAUUAUAUCACAACGACAAGGCGUUCUAUAACAGAUCUUCCCGUAGGGGAAGCGCUACCCUCUAUUUUGCCAGGUCUAGCACUGAUGGAGAGACAUGGGUUCCAUUGGUCGAAAAGGCGUACGCAAAACUCCACGGGAGUUAUGGCGCCUUGAGCCGUGGCUGGGCGUGCGAGGCCGUUGAAGACCUCACGGGCGGUGUAGCGUGCUUCAUUCCCACAAAUGACAUCCUUGAUCCAGAUCUGUUUUGGACAGAGGAAUUGCUCAAGGCCAAUCAUGAUCGUCUCUUUGGAGUCGCAUUCAAUUGCCUUGAUUCUAGUCGUAGCGGGGAGGUGGCUAUCACAGUCAGCGGUUUGAUGGGCGGGCAUGCAUACUCCGUUCUAAGAGCGGUUGAAUGCAAAGGUAAACGUUUCGUUGUCAUCAGAAAUCCUCUGAGUCAUUCCGGAUGGACCGGCCCAUGGUCAGACGGCUCGAAACAGUGGACACCGGAAUGGCUCGAGAUACUCCCCCAGCUUGGACAUUCCUUCGGAGACGACGGUCAAUUUGUCAUGGAAUACACAGAUUUUUUGGAAUGCUGGCAGGAGAUCGAUAAAACCAUUUUGUUUGAUUCGCAAUGGGUCAUGUUCUCUCAAUGGCUUCAUGUAACAGCCCGCUCGCUCCUGUCGGCCUGGACAUACGGGGAUGUAUCAUUCACUAUCACAUUGCCUGCUGCUACCAAAGCGGUUAUUGUUCUGUCCCAGUUAAAUAACCGUUACUUCAAACCUAUAUCAGGGUUCUUGCACUGGACCUUUGAUUUCGCGGUGUUUAAAAAAGGAGAAAAGGAUAUCAUUGCCCAAUCUUCAGCGUCUAGGGUCUUAGCACGGAGCAUAAACGUUGAGCUGGACUUGGAGGCAGGCUCAUAUGUUGUACAUGUUCGUCUGGACCGCUUCGUGUAUCCCCCACCGGCAUACCUUCGAGAAGGCAUCCAUAUUUCGAAUUACCGCUCCCUUUCGAGGGUGCUCACUGAGCGCGCCAAGAGUCAAUCCAUUGCUAUGAAUUUCAAUACGAGCUCGCAGGCUCAGAAUCUGCCCAUUCCUUUGGAUGUACUGGCUGGACAGGACUUGUCCGAAUUAGAGCGGAAGGCUUUGGCCGCGAAAGUGGAGGUGGAAAAGAAGGUCGCUGAAGAGAAGAAGGUCGUUGAGGGGGAAGCCGGAAGGAAGACUGAAAACACUACUGGCAGAGAAGUCGUGAAGAAUAUUGCUGGCCAAGAAAAUGAAAAGAUGACUGAGAAAACAUGUGAAGAUAAAGAUGAGGGGAGAGGAAGAAAUCAGACCGACGUCGACAAGACUGAUGCUGUCUCCGACGACGACGAUGACGAGACUGUAAACAUCCAAGACAUGAUGUCUGAAACUGACACAAUUUUCCUCGGUCUUCGAGUCUACACGUCCAAGGAUGCCCCCGCCGAAAUUUGCGGCCAGCUAAGGCAUGAGAUAGAGCUCUCUGCAGCUUUAGCUUGUCCAAAUUGCUGA